GCCUGUUUUAAUACAUAAAACAAGGGUGAGCCUUCCUUUUCCUCAAGUUUUAUACCUAAACCAUCUUUUUUAAUGCUCCAUCUGAACAACCAAAAUGAGACUGAAGACUUCACUUUUAAAGGAACCAAAACAUAAGGAUUUAGUUAGCUGCGUGGGAUGGACUACAGCUGAUGAGUUAUAUUCCUGCAGUGAUGAUCACCAAAUCAUGAAGUGGAACCUGUUAACUAGUGAGACGGUUCAAGUGGUGAAACUCCCAGAUGAUAUUUAUCCCAUAGAUCUUCACUGGUUUCCCAGAAGUAUUGGUGGAAAAAAGCAGUCCUAUGCAGAGAGCUUUGUUCUUACAAGUUCUGAUGGGAAGUUCCACCUGAUUUCAAGAUCAGGAAGACUAGAGAAGAGCGUAGAGGCGCACUGCGGGGCCGUGCUAGCAGGACGAUGGAAUUACGAAGGAACAGCACUGGUUACAGUUGGUGAAGAUGGUCAAGUGAAAAUUUGGUCUAAAAGUGGAAUGCUGAGAUCCACUUUAGCUCAGCAAGGAACACCAGUGUACUCAGUAGCCUGGGGACCUGAUUCUGAAAAGGUUCUCUAUACGUCAGGAAAGCAGCUGAUUAUUAAACCUCUCCAGCCCAAUGCCAAAGUUUUACAGUGGAAAGCCCAUGAUGGACUUAUUUUAAAAAUUGACUGGAACUCAGUCAAUGAUCUUAUUCUGUCUGCAGGCGAAGAUUGCAAAUACAAGGUUUGGGACAGUUACGGGCGGAUACUGUACAGCUCACAGCCCCAUGACUAUCCUAUAACAUCCGUUGCCUGGACUAUGGAUGGAGAAUUAUUUGCUGUUGGGUCUUUUCAUACUUUACGUCUAUGUGAUAAAACUGGGUGGUCUUACGCUUUAGAGAAACCAAACACCGGCAGUAUAUUUAAUAUUGCUUGGUCUAUUGAUGGUACUCAACUAGCUGGAGCAUGUGGUAACGGGCAUGUUAUUUUUGCCCAUGUUGUGGAGCAACGCUGGGAGUGGAAGAAUUUUGAAAUAACAUUGAUUAAGAGGAGAACCAUGGAGGUGCGCAACGUUAUGAACGACGCAGUAGACUUGCUGGAGUUUCGUGACAGGGUUAUUAAGGCCUCCUUGAACUACGGUCAUUUGGUUGUUUCAACUUCUCUUCAGUGUUACGUGUUUUCUACGAAGAACUGGAAUACACCAACUAUCUUUGACCUGAAGGAAGGAACAGUCAGUUUAAUUCUACAGGCAGAAAGGCAUUUUCUUCUUACAGAUGGUGGAGGGCUUUAUUUAUAUUCCUAUGAAGGAAGAUUAAUUUCCUCUCCAAAAUUUCCAGGAAUGAGAACAGACGUUUUAAAUGCCCAGACAGUAUCUCUGAGUAACGAUACUCUAGCAAUAAAAGACAAAGCUGAUGGAAAGGUUAUCUACAUAUUUGAAGCUUCAUCUGGAAAGCCAUUGGGUGAUGGAAGGCCUCUAACGCACAAGACAGAAAUUGUGGAGAUUGCUUUGGACCAGAAGGGACUCACAAGUGAAAGAAAAAUAGUUUUUAUUGAUAAGAAUAGAGAUCUUCACAUUACUUCAGUUAAAAGGUUUGGGAAAGAACAGAAGAUUGUCAAAAUAGGAAUGAUGGUUCAUGCUUUGGCUUGGAAUGACACUUCUAAUAUACUUUGUGGGAUUCAGGAUACCCGAUUUACAGUCUGGUACUACCCCAACACAGUCUAUGUAGACAAAGAUCUUUUGCCAAAAACUCUGUAUGAAAAAGAUGCAAGUGAAUUUAGCAAAAAUCCCCAGAUUGUACACUUUGUAGGAAAUCAGAUAACAAUUAGAAGAGCAGAUGGUUCCCUUAUUCAUCUUAAUAUUUCACCUUAUCCUGCGAUUCUUCAUGAAUAUGUUAGUAGCUCUAAAUGGGAAGAUGCUGUGCGAUUGUGUCGCUUUGUCAAGGAUCAGACUAUGUGGGCCUGCCUAGCUGCUAUGGCAGUUGCCAAUAAAGACAUGGCUACAGCAGAGAUUGCCUAUGCAUCCAUUGGGGAGAUUGACAAGGUUCAGUUUAUCAAUUUCAUCAAAGAUCUUCCAUCGAAAGAAUCGAGGAUGGCUCAUAUACUGCUCUUCAGUGGAAACACCCAGGAGGCUGAAACUCUGCUUCUGCAGACAGGCCUUAUUUACCAGGCUAUUCAAGUCAACAUCAAUCUUUACAACUGGGAUAGGGCACUGGAGCUAGCGGUAAAGCACAAGACACAUGUUGACACAGUUCUGGCCUAUCGACAAAAGUUCCUAGAGGACUUCAAUAAAAAAGAAACCAACAAAAGGUUUUUACAGUAUGCAGAAGGCCUGGAAGUUGACUGGAAUAAAAUCAAAGCCAAGAUAGAGAUGGAAAUCGCUAAAGAAAGAGAACGAGCAGCAACAGCAGCCAGUCCAGCAGUAAGAGCUGGUGUAACUGUACAGCAGUAACUGCCAUUUUGGUCAUAUUAACCAAAUGUUUUCUGAUUAUUUUUUA